CAGGGAAGAAGAAAUAUGAAGCGGUUCAUGUUACCAAGAAACACCAUCUUGAGAGACCCGAUGGACAACCCUUCUUCUUCCCCAAACCCUGCUACUACCCCUUCUAAAUCCAGACGGAAACAGUCCAUCCCCAAACAACUCUCCAAGGAAAACGCACCGCCGCCCCAUCCCAACUCCCACCACCCAACAACCGCCAAGAUCAACAAGACCCACUUGCCCCCAAGGCCCCCUUCCUCCAACCCUCUCAAGCGCAAACUUAAUUCCGAAACCCUCCGCAUCGACCAUGACGUUGCCGCCUCCGUCUCUGGAAUUUCUGAUUCCGGUGUUAAGGUGGUUGUACGGAUGCGGCCCCCGGUUAAAGAAGAGGAAGAAGGAAAAACGAUUGUUCAGAAACUUUCUAGUGAUUCUUUGAGGAUCAAUGGACAAACGUUCACGUUUGACUCAGUUGCCAGCUCAGAUGCAACUCAGCGAGAUAUAUUCCAGCUUGUGGGAGCACCACUAGUGGAAAAUUGUCUGGCUGGGUUUAACAGUUCAGUGUUCGCUUACGGGCAGACUGGAAGUGGAAAGACUUACACGAUCUGGGGUCCAGCCAACGCCUUGCUGAAAGAAAAUUUAUCAAGUGACCAACAAGGCUUAACUCCCCGUGUGUUUGAGCGACUCUUUGCUCGUAUAAAUGAGGAGCAAAUUAAGCAUGCUGAUAAACAACUCAAGUACCAAUGUCAAUGUUCUUUUCUUGAGAUAUAUAAUGAGCAAAUCACGGAUCUGUUGGAUCCAAAUCAAAGAAACCUGCAGAUAAGAGAAGAUGUAAAAUCAGGUGUCUAUGUUGAGAAUUUGACAGAGAAGUAUGUAAGCUCAAUGAAGGAUGUGACCCAGCUGUUGGUAAAGGGAUUAUCAAAUAGAAGGACAGGUGCUACUAGUAUCAAUUCUGAAAGUUCCCGCUCACAUAGUGUUUUUACAUGUGUUGUUGCGUCUUGGUGUAAGGGUGUGGCUGAUGGUGUAAGUAGCUUUAAAACAAGCCGAAUAAAUCUCGUUGAUCUAGCAGGCUCAGAGCGACAAAAACUAACUGGUGCUGCAGGGGAACGCUUAAAGGAGGCAGGCAAUAUUAACCGUUCACUCUCACAGCUUGGGAACUUGAUAAACAUCCUCGCUGAAGUUUCCCAAACUGGAAAGAGCAGGCAUAUCCCCUACAGAGACUCCAAGUUGACAUUUUUAUUGCAGGAAUCUCUUGGUGGCAAUGCAAAAUUAGCCAUGGUCUGUGCAAUUUCCCCAGAACAAAGCUGUAAGAGUGAAACAUUUAGCACGUUGCGAUUUGCUCAGCGUGCAAAGGCAAUCAGGAACAAGGCAGUUGUUAAUGAAGUAAUGCAGAAUGAUGUUCAUUAUCUGCGUGAGGUGAUUCAACAAUUAAGGGAUGAACUUAAUCGAAUGAGAGCUAAUGGCAACAACCAAACUGAUCCAGAUGAAAGUUACUUAACUGGAUGGAAUGCCCUUAGGAGCUUGAAUUUGUUGAAAUUUAGCCUCCAUCAUCCAAGGACAUUACCUCAUGCUGAUGAAGAUGGUGAUGAAGAGAUGGAAAUUGAUGAAGAAGCUGUUGAGGAUCAUUGUGCUCAUGUAGGUCCGCAAUCAGUAGUUACACAUCAACAUUCAAAUGAAGUGACCAAACUAGAAAUAGUUGAAUCAGGUUCAGGAAAUGCCAUUUCUAACCAUGGAUUUGCUGCUGAUCUAGUGCUUAACACUUCUGAAUUUGCUGAAAUGCAAGACGCUAAUGAUACUGAUGUGAACAUGGAGGAAGAAAUAUCAGAAGAGCCUAAAUACUCUGGUAUUAUGCUUGUUGAUUGUGUUAACACUGCUACAAACACACCAAACGUUUUUAGUUCUCAUGAAAGCGUCAAAGAGAAUCCAGGCCAGCUAACUGAGGAAACAACUGAUGGGGAUUCUUCUGUAAUUCUUAAAUCCCCAACACUAAGUGUCUCACCUAAGGUGAAUCAGAGUAGGAAGAGUCUGAGGACAUCUUCAAUGUACACUGCUUCACAAAAAGAUCUUACGGAUGAUGGUCCAGAGACUACUUGUGUAUCGUUCACACCAACUGAACAUUUGGCAGCUAGUCUUCAUCGUGGUCUUGAGAUUCUUGAUAGUCACAGACAGAAUUUAGCAUUGAGGAGAUCAUCAUUUCGUUUUUCAUUAAAACCUGCCGACUCUAAGCCAAUCCUUGCAGCUAAUAAAGUUGAUGUUGGAGUCCAAACCUUUCCUGAAGAAGAAAAGCCGGUAGUAUUUAUAUGUAGUAAUUGUAGGCAGAAAACAAACCUAGAUGGCAAAGAGGAGAAAGAAAACUCCAACCUGCAGUUAGUCCUUGUUGAUGAGUACGAGUCUAGUGAGAAAAUCAAGAAGCAAGUCCCAAAGGCAGUGGAGAAGGUUUUGGCUGGAUCUAUUAGGAGAGAAAUGGCUUUUGAAGAGUUCUGUGCCAAGCAAGCUUCUGAAAUAAUGCAAUUAAACCGUUUGGUGCAACAGUACAAACAUGAGAGAGAGUGCAAUGCCAUUAUUGGGCAGACUAGGGAGGAUAAAAUUCUUCGCCUUCAGAGCCUUAUGGAUGGUGUUUUACCUACUGAGGAAUUCAUGGAAGUGGAGCUUGCUUCUCUCACCCAUGAACACAAGCUACUGAAGGAGAAAUAUGAGAAUCAUCCAGAGGUUUUAAGAACAAAGAUUGAGUUGAAAAGAGUUCAGGAUGAGCUGGAGCGCUUCAGAAAUUUUCAUGACUUGUGUGAGAGGGAAGUGUUGAUAGAAGAAAUUCAGGAUUUAAGAAACCAGUUGCAGUAUUAUGUAGAUUCUUCUUCCACAUCAGCCCAAAGACGAAAUUCUUUACUGAAGUUGACAUAUUCAUGUGACCCCAAUGUUCUAUAUCUUAGAGCAAUACCAGAGACAAAUGAUGAGAGGGCUGAAGAGAAAUUUGAACAAGAGAGAAUUCAGUGGGCUGGGGCAGAAAGCAAAUGGAUUUCUCUUGUGGAGGAAUUAAGGACUGAACUUGAUGCUAGUCAGUUGCUGGCUGAAAAACGGAAGCAGGAACUAGAUAUGGAGAAGAAAUGUGCAGAAGAAUUGAAGGAAGCAAUGCAGAUGGCUAUGGAGGGACAUGCAAGAAUGCUUGAACAGUAUGCUGAUCUUCAGGAACAACACAUGCAAUUGCUUGCAAGGCAUAGAAAUAUUCAAGAGGGAAUAGACGAUGUUAAAAAGGCAGCUGCUAGGGAAGGGGUCAAGGGUGCUGAAUCCAAAUUCAUAAAUGCUCUUGCUGCUGAAAUUUCUGCAUUGAAAGUGGAAAGGGAAAAGGAGAGGCGAUAUCUUAGGGAUGAAAAUAGAGGACUCCAGGCUCAAUUAAGGGAUACUGCUGAAGCAGUUCAAGCUGCAGGUGAAUUGCUUGUACGACUAAAAGAAGCAGAAGAAGCUUUGGCUGCUGCCCAAAAACGAGCAGUGGAAGCAGAACAAGAAACUGAGAAGGCUCGCAGACAGAUUGAUAAAUUGAAGCGAAAACAUGAACAUGAGUUCGGUACUCUUAAUGAGCUACUUACAGAAUCACGUCUACCUAAAGACGCAAUACAACAAACUUCUGACAAUGUUGACAUCGCCAAGCAUGUAGUUGGGUUCCAUGCAAGCAACACUGACCAGCAAUGGCGACAAGCAUUUGAACCAUUGUAUAACGGUGAGGAUGGUGAGUUAAAUCUUGCAGAAAACUCGUCUUGGUUCUCUGGAUAUGAUCGUUGCAAUAUAUAAGAUCACGUUUAACAGAAAAAUCGUGUAUGUAUCAUUUACUAACACUCCCAUAUAGCUCUGAAACUCUUAAGAGCAGUUUCUUUGUUGUUCAUCUUGGUUUCUCUAUUGUUCUUUGUAACCAUAUCCAGAUUCUUUCAUUUCAUAAGAGUUGAAUGAAUGAUCUAUACUCUUUUUU